AUGACCAACUCAAGUAGUAAUAUCGAUUCAUUACACAUAGAUGAAGAGACUUUGUUGGAUAAUACAACAAAUAAACAUCAAUCUUCUAAAGGAACACCAAUACCGAUUAAUAUAAUAUCGACUAGAUCCGAUGAUUCUUUUUAUUUAAAUCUACACUCACGUAAUAAUUCAAAAAGAAGAUCUAAAAAGAAAUCAUCAAGUCGUAAUUUUAAUUCAAGAAAGGCUUCUCCUUCUCGAUCAUCAACAAUUCCAAUAGAUUAUGUAUUCGAAAAAUAUCAUCAUCGUCAUCAUCGUCAUUCUCGUCAUCAACAUCAUGAACGAGAAGAAAAACAAGAUCAAUCUAUUAAUAGUUGCGAUAUGCGAUUUUUUAUUAUUCGACAUGGUGAACGAGUCGAUCGCUUUUUCGGUCCAAAUUGGUUUAUGUUUGCAUUCGAUCAAUAUGGUCAAUAUCAUCCGUAUCAUAUAAAUCUUCCACUCACUUUACCAACUCGUCCAAAUCCAUAUUUUUGGGCAUUUGAUACACCAUUAACACGUAAUGGUUUAAAUGCUGCAGAAAAUGUAGGUCGAGUUUUAGGUAUGAAUCAAUAUGAACCAACACAUGUUUAUUCAUCACCAGCUAUGCGUUGUAUUUUAACAACAUAUCAAAUAUUAAAAGGUCUUGGCUUAGAAAAUAAAGUAUCAAUACGUAUUGAACCUGGUUUAUUAGAAUUAGGUGCUGCAAGAUUUGGUAUGAAUAUAUUUCUUAAUUCAACUGAUUGGCGUAAUUAUGGAAUUAAUGUUGAUUUAUCUUAUCAACCUAUUAUGACAAUUGUACCUCCCAUAGAACGUGCCGAUGCCUAUUAUCUACGUUCAAAAUAUGUUGUACGUGAAAUAGAACAACGUCAUGAUAAUACAAAGUCUCCAUCACUUAAUAUACUUCUUGUUGGUCAUGCAACAUCACCUGAAACCUUAACAUGGGAUUUAGUUGGACGACAACCAAAUGUUUAUGAUUUGUUCACAUUAUCAUUAAAUAUCGGUUAUCUUCAAAUGGUUAUAACUGAACGAAAAAAACAAAAUAAACUUUGGUCAUUAACACAAAUACCUUUACGAGCAACAACACUCAAAUGGGUUUAG